AUGCCGUACAACUUCAUCUUCAUCGGCAUUGAUUUUUUAGUCGCUAAAUUAUACGUCAACUCGUUCCUCGCACUUCUGAACGCGCGGUACUUCUUAGAGCCCGCUACAGAACCUGACCGUUCUGCAGAAGUCCAUGUGCGCCACAACAUCUACCGCCCACUGGCAGAGCCGAACGUCAUGGCGUCCCAAGACGAGGAAUCCUAG